AUGUUUAAAUCUAACUUUGUUACCUUUUCUUUCCCUCCACAGGAAGAACUAGAAAGAGUAAGAAAAAGAAUAGCCAGACCAGGCUAUCGUCGGGUAAAUAUUGGCUUAUUACCGGAUGCUACUGAGGCUGAUAAAGUUAAAUAUCACCUUUGUCUUAGUAUUUCCCGUUAUCAAGAUGAAAAUAAUUUAUCAGAAAAAGGAUUAGCCCAAAGACUAGGAGUUAAUAAAGCCAAACUAGAAUACAUUUUGUUCCGUCAUCUCGAUAAAUUAACUUUGGAAGAACUAAUCAAUUAUUUAAGCGAGUUGCCCAUGCCUUUUAAACUAAAAACCAAUUUUUCUUAUGACCAAAUCAGUCCUGAUUAUGAGAUAAAGAAUGAAGAAUUUGAAGAGGGUUUAAAGGAAAAAGGAAUUAGAUUGACCAAGAAAGAAUUAGCCAAAGUAUUAAUUAAUGACAACUUAAUUUGUGAAUUAGUUGAGCAAUUAGAUGGCAAGAGCGAACAAGAA